CUCACUCACGCCCAAUUGACAGUUGUUUUUAUUUGCUUUAUUUACGUUUUAUCUAUUUCAUAAUUGCCGUAUGCUCGCUUAUUAAUAUUUUGAGAUAAGAUCUUGGUGGUGACAAACAUACAAAUGACUUCUCAGAUCUACAGUCAGAAGAAGUUCAUACCCACAGCGCCGGAGAAGGGCAGCUUUCCAUUAGAUCACGAGAGCUUGUGCAAGAAGCACUUCCUAAUCUACGCCAGUUGCUUGCGGCGCAACGAUAACGACAACGCCAAGUGCCGGGCAGAGGCGCAAGAGUAUUUGGGCUGCCGCAUGGACAACAAUCUUAUGGAAAAAACAGAAUGGGCGAAAUUGGGAUUUCCGGAAAAAGAGAAGCAGCAGCAGCAAUAA